AUGGAACCCGUCAGCGCGCUCGCUUUGGCGUGCAACAUUCUGGACUUGAUCGAACGCGGGUACAAAUGUGCGGCCACUAUUAAGGAGGUCCACGAUUCGGAGGCCGGCCUCCUGAAGAAACACGAAAUGCUUGUCGGCGAGAUCGACACACUCUCCGACAUUGCCUGCGCGUUGGAAAAGACGCAGCAGGAAAUGCAAAUCCGCCGUCGACGCACGGAUGAGGGAAGUCGCGAAGAAAUGCCUCUCCAUUUGUGCCGCCAUCCAAGCCCUCGUCAACCAAUGAGAGACAUAGCCAGACUCAGCGAACAGCUAGGUGACGUGCAGCAGAAAAUCGAGAGGCAUGCGCGCCAAUCGAACUCCCAGGUAUUGCUUCUUUCCGAGAGGCUUCGCGCGCUGUCCAGCAGCCUCGAUGGGGCAGCUCAGUCUGGUCCGGUCCUUGAACAGCUCCGAGAAGUCCUCGGUGCCGCCACCGAGGCCACUGAGGCCUUCAAGGUCAUCCAGGUUCUAGACAAUCUUCACUUUCCAACGAUAAAGGAGAGGUUCGCCAAUGUUAGCGGGACUGCCCCGGGCACAUUUGACUGGAUUUUUGAUGAAGAUUCGGAAACCUUUCUCGAUGAGCAGCCGGGCUCAAAGAUUACUUUCCGGGGCUGGCUUAGAUCAGGCACCGGGAUAUUCCACGUUGAGGGGAAACCCGGGUCGGGCAAAUUGACACUUAUGAAACAUAUAUGCGAGCACCGCGAGACUCGGCAGAUCCUCCGCGAAUGGGCCGGAGAGAAAAGGCUCAUUACAUGGCAAUUCUUCUUCUGGAGGCCAGGGACCCCCGAGCAGAAAUCCCUCCGCGGUCUUAUCCGCGGACUUCUCUGGGGAAUAAUUCGGCAGGAGCCUCAGCUCGCAAAGUUACUCUUUCCUAGGUUGUGGCCGUCGACCGAGUUCCCGGAGUCCGGCCGCUCGCAGUUCAUCGACCUGUCCGACAAGGAUGUUGAUGAGGCACUUGGUAUCUUGCAUCUCCAGCAAUGGGCGUCAAACCCGUGCUGGCACGUCAAACUUUGCGUCUCAAGCCGCCAACUUCCUGUCUUUUCUAACGCCUUUUCGCCAGCCCAAAGGCUCACCAUUCAUGUCUUCACCGGCGACGAUAUUGAGGCGCUUGUCAAACAGAGGUUGGAGGGAAAUGGUGAAUUUCAAGAGCUAGCCAAAUCCGAGAAAGAUCGAUGCGAUGCGAUGGUUCGCCAAAUUAUUCAGAGCGCCGAAGGCGUUUUCCUCUGGGUUUGCGUAUUGCUUAACAAGCUCGAGGAUUCGUUAGGCAAUGGAGAUUCGAUCGCCAUGCUGGAAAGCAUCGUCAAAUCUGCACCCAGCGAGUUAGACGACUUGUUCAGCCAUAUACUCACCUCCAUUCCCCUGCACUACCGCCGCCAAGCAUUCAUCCUUCUUGCACUAGCCAUGCGGUUAGAUGGUUUUCUGCUAUCGGAAGAAACGAGAGACCCCGACGCAGGGGCUUCCAAGGGCGGAUAUGAAAACGACGCCUGGAGCUUGAGCUUACUCUCGUGUUCCUACCUUCUCGAGGGUUUGGAUGACAACAACAAGAGUCUCGAAAAGGUCCUCAAUGACGAGAUCGCUUCUUCCGCACUCGCCUGGAUGAUGCUCAUUGAUCUCAGUUACCGGGAGGACGAGGAGCUGGAGGGACACGCCUCAAAGGAUGGAUUCUGGGUCUCGCUCCGACUCAGCCGCGGAGACCUGUCCGCACCUACUGUCUUGAUCAACCAAAGUCUCGAGUUUGGAGACGUUUAUAAGUGCAUCCUCCUGUUAUUAUUCCAGAUUCGACAAGCUCCUGUCACCAACUCUGACUCAAUUAUGCCGCUCUUGCAACAGAUCGAGCAGGAACUCUUACAUCACCAAUUCGGGGUCAGGACGUUCAAUGAAAUCCCCGAAGAUCAACGCCACUACCACGGCAUGGUCAGUUUGUAUUCCAUGGCGGCCACCCUGGGGUUCAUUGAAAUCAUUCGUUGGGACUAUGAGAACAAAUCCCUCUCUCUCACAAGGGGCCAAGACUGGGUGAUUGCAAAUGUUCUUGGAACGGUAAUUUCCACGCUCCCACUUUAUCGCUGGAAGGCAGCAAGCAACAGGUUUUUGGGACCCCCCCAUACGGCCAUACUAGAGUAUUUCCUCCGGGCUGGUGUCUCGAUUGCUACGGAAGUUGAACUCAACCCUGAGGACUCGGCCUGGAUAGAAUAUCCGGAACUGCGCUCUGAGCUUGAAGCAGAGCUUGAGCUACCUAAACAAGACCGCCGGGGAUCGGAUGACUCGAGUUCGGCGAAGGAAACUUCUCACCGGGCAACCCUGCGAGAUCUGUUGGUUGUUUCUCUCCUGACCAAGCUUCGCCGCGAACGAUCGGAGCCAUUUCAUCUUUGCCUGGAUCCCUUUCCGCCUGCUGCUAGGGAGAUCCUCGGAGUUUUCAUGAGGUAUGGUGCGACCUUCUCGAUAACUAUGUCACCAAGCGAUCAAUGGCGGCUAGGCGAGGACGAAGACGUUGAGCGGUUGAAAUUUGACCCCGAUCGUGACAUUGAGCUGCUGCCAUCUGGUUGCGAGAACGAUGGUGACGACGACGACGAUGAUGAUGGGGGCGACGACAACACUUGGUUUAUGACCGGCCGGUCAAAAUACCAACUUCUGAGGCGGAUUGACCUUACAAGAGACGAAGACCGGAGCAAGAUCAUCACGCUCGGUGCUGUUAUCGGUUCUUCUCCUGGGCAGCUGCGGUCAUUUUGGGAAUUACUAACUUCCUCUGGUGGUUCGAUCACACUGAGAGAUUUUCUGUGCUUCAUAAAGGUCCCAGGUUUGGACAUUCCAUUGUCACCCUUUGGUGAGGGUCAACCCGAUAGUGGCCUUCUGGCGGCUCAUUCCAGUUCUUUACCCGAGGAAAGCCUGGACGAAGCAGAAGCAUCCGGCAAUCAGGAUUUCGAAAACCAAGCUACCGAACAACCACGCUUUCUCUCCUGGGCAACCCUAGAGAUGGGCUGCCGUGACAAAGGCAAGGCCUCUUUUCUCAAAUAG